AUGGCUCCGAAAAAGAGAACUUCGUCGGUAAACGAUCUCGCAGUGCCCGCCUCUCAAGUGCGCGACCCCAAAGAUGCCCUGACAGCAAUGGCUCCUUCGCCGUCGUUGGCGCGCAUCCCCUCACCAGCUCGCUUUGCCCUGGUCGUCUUUAGCAGCUUGGUCAUGAGCUCCGUCCUAUUUACCUUGACUGCAGACGUCACGCAGGGUGAGCUUGGUCUUGUCAGCAAACACCUAGAGGAAUGGUGGGAAGUGGGGGGACUCGUGGCAUGGAAAGCGGCAGAGGUCGGAUUGGCCUGGGUUCUUGGUUUCGACAGCUGGGAUGUCGCAUCAUUCCUAUACCUAACCCACCAACCCACCUUCUCGCUCCUCUCUUUCUUCUAUGGCGUGCGACCAACUUCGACUCUCGCCUCAUAUUUGAUCACAAUUCUUUCAACUGUCGUCCCAUUUGCGUUCCUACGUCGACCCACUUCGGUUCACGAUCUCUCCCAUGCGCCGUCUGGUGCAGUGGCCAACCGAGCUAUCCUACAGGAUACCCCCACCACUAUCUAUACCAUCCUCGCCGCGACUUCGAUAUUUAGUGUUGUGUUAUAUGGUAGCUAUGCGUCGUGGCUUCCUGCCCAGCUCGUCGUGCACUUCGAAAGUCUUCCGGAUAUCAGCGCCGCCCACGCUGGCCCUGCCGGUUUCCCCGCUCUUUUCUUGACGCUCAUCCCCUCCGGCUAUGCCGUGCGUGACUUUUUGUUCGUCAGCUCAACUGGCCACACUGAGAAGACCACCGAGGAAGAACAUCCCACAAACCGCGAGGACGAGUACUUGCUUGUGGAUUUCUACCGCAAGACCUGGGGUCAACUGUCUACCAAGACUCGUAUCCUUGUCUCCCGAACCCUCAUUCUUGCGACCAGCGUUUUGCUCAACACCACUGUGCAAAUUGCCGGUACAAUCCAGGAAGUCUCCAUUCAAGGUGCGGCUACCUGGGGCAGUGUCUGGGCUGUAUCCGCUUUGGUUAUUGGUGCUACCUUUGGUUGGAUCGAAGCCGUGGAUGGCGUAUGA